GGCGGCGGGGGGCGCCCCGACCGACCCCUGGCGCUGAGCUACAAGCUCCGGCUCUGCCUUCCUCCCUCCCUCCCUCCAGAAAUGCUGCAUCAUGAACCCGCCGACGAUCCGGCUCUGAGCCCCAAGCGGCCGGAGAGCGGCUCCCCCGGUGCCCGUUAGCAGCGGCGGGGACGGGCCGAAGCGGCAAAGGGCGGAAAAGCCGGAGGGAGACCCCGCCCGACCCCCUUUGCCUGCCCCGUCUAAUCCGGCCGGGGUUGCCCCCCUGUCCCCUCCGCAGGACGGCGAGGCUCCGGCUGUAGAUUCCGGGCAGGCAGGCAGGCAGGGAGGGGAAUUCCGGUGCCCCGAAGAGGAGCAAAGUGCCUGCAAAGCGGAGGGAGGAGGAGAAGCGGAGGAGGAGGAGGAGGAGGACUGGCCCCUCCCCGCCCUGUCCCUGCGAGCAUCUCGUCCGGCAACUCGGCAACUUCUCUUCCAGUCGUCGGAGCCGCUUCUCCGGGGGCGGCCACAACUUCUCCGCCACUCCGCCGGCGCUCUUGGCUGGCUCCGGCUUCUGCGCAGCCGGUUUCGACGAACCGGGAGAGGACGCGCGUGGAGCGGAACCAGCCGCUGCUGAAGCCGAGGGGCCCGGGACGCUGGGGGAAGCCCCAAAGGCGGUCUUUGGCGAGGGUCGGUCGGUCGGUCGCUCGGCCGGGGCGCCUGGUGCUGCGUGGCGGCCGGAGGGUGCCCCCUUGGCCGGCUGUGGCGGAGCUCCCAUGCUGCUGCCGCGGAAGUGGCCGGGCUGGCCGGCGUCGGCGCUGCGGCUGCCGCAGAAGUUCCUUUUCCUGCUCUUCCUCUCGGGCCUGCUCACGCUCUGCUUCGGCGCCCUCUUCUUGCUGCCGGACUCCUCCCGCGUCAAGCGCCUCUUCCUGGCCCGCCACGCCGGAGCCGAGCUGGAAGCCCCCCGCAGCCCUCCGCCGGGACCCGGCUUGGCUCGCCACCUGCCCGCCAACGCCAGCCCGCCCGCCUCGCCGCCGCCGCCGCCUCCUGCUCCUCGCUCUCGCCACCUCCGGGACCCGCCCGACCUCCCGCACUCCGAGCCGGCUUCCAGACGGAGCCGCCCGCCCGCCGAGCAGGACGCUUCGGCGGCCCCUUUGCAGCAGACGCGCGCCCCGUUCCGCUUCGACUACGCCGCGUUCCGGCAGCGCCUCCGCUUCCCGGUGCUGGGCGGCAAGAGAGGCGGCACCGAGGAGCCCGACACCCGCGUCCGGCGCCUGAAAAUCAAGGAGAUGAUGAAGUUUGCUUGGGAUAACUACAAGCAGUUCGCUCUGGGGAAAAAUGAACUGAGACCUCUCACGAGAAACGGACAUAUCGGGAACAUGUUUGGAGGCCUCCGGGGAGCCACCGUGGUGGAUGCCUUGGAUACCCUGUACGUCAUGGAGCUGCAGGAAGAAUUCCAGGAAGCCAAAGAUUGGGUGGAGAAGAGCUUUGACUUGAAUGUGCAGAACGGCGAAGCUUCCUUAUUCGAAGUGAACAUCCGCUACGUUGGAGGACUCCUGUCUGCCUAUUACCUGACGGGCGAAGAGGUCUUCAAGAACAAAGUUCUAGAACUUGGAGAAAAACUUCUCCCGGCCUUUAGCACGCCAACAGGAAUCCCACGAGGCGUCAUCAACCUGGGCAGUGGCAUGAGCUGGAGCUGGGGAUGGGCAUCAGCGGGAAGCAGCAUUUUAGCUGAAUUCGGGAGCCUCCACUUAGAGUUUAUGCAUCUUUCAGAACUGUCUGGAAAUUCCAUAUAUGCUGAAAAAGUGAUGAACAUUCGCAAAGUCCUGAAUAGAAUCGAGAAACCUCAAGGGCUUUAUCCAAACUUUCUCAGUCCAGUCACAGGGAACUGGGUCCAGCAUCACGUCUCUGUUGGUGGCCUUGGGGACAGUUUUUAUGAAUAUCUGAUCAAAUCUUGGCUCAUGUCAGAUAAGCAAGAUAGCGAAGCAAAAACCAUGUAUGAUAAAGCUCUGGAGGCCAUAGAAAAGCACCUUGUCAAAAAAUCACCUGGUGGACUAACCUAUAUUGCCGAAUGGCGAGGAGGCAUCUUGGAUCAUAAAAUGGGGCACUUGGCUUGCUUUUCUGGGGGCAUGAUAGCCCUCGGAGCGGAACACGCCCUGGAAGAAGAGAAACAGCAUUACUUGGAUCUAGCUGGGAAAAUAACACACACUUGUCACGAAUCUUACAUUCGCUCAGAUACCAACCUGGGCCCUGAAGCAUUUCGGUUUGAUUCUGGAACGGAAGCGAUGGCCACGCGACUCAGCGAUCGUUAUUACAUCCUGCGCCCCGAGGUUGUAGAGAGCUACUUCUACUUGUGGAGGUUGACACAUGACCCCAAGUACAGAGAGUGGGGUUGGGAAGCUGUCCAAGCGCUGGAGAAAUUUUGCCGAGUAGAAGCUGGUUUCUCUGGAAUCCGUGAUGUGUAUUCAACCACCCCAAGCCAUGACAACAUGCAGCAGAGCUUUUUUCUGGCAGAGACGUUAAAGUAUCUCUAUCUUCUGUUCUCUGAAGAUGAUGUGCUCUCCCUCAAGGACUGGGUGUUCAACACUGAAGCUCACCCGUUGCCUGUGAACCACACAGAAUUUGUCCUCAAGACAAGCAUGCAGUAGGAGCCACUCAGCCCUUCUGGGUUCUGAGAAGGGAUCCCGAGGGGUUGCUUGCAUUAUUUUUAUUUUUAUUUUUUUCUCCUUUCCAGUAAAGGAAUGCACAUAUUCCCGGAAAGGUAUUAUGGGGGCAUUCGUCCAAUUCCGGACAGUAUUAUAUCGGGGGAGUUUAAAAAAAACUGUGAAAACAAAGCACCUUCAAUGGGUUUUUUUUUUCCUCUGUGAGGAAACUUAUAACCUGAUAAUUGGAUGUUGAUUACGGGCCAUAAGACAAGACAAAAUCACGGACAUUCCCUUUCUAUGAAGAAUUUCUACGGAAUCCACUGACUUUCGCUUUUGCGUGGCCAAAGGAUCAGGAAUUUGCCAUAAAAUAGAUGUCGGUUUGUGCUACUCUUCUUGCUCCAAACUUGCUCCCUCCCUUUUUAUAUACCAUUGUUUGUUUUGUUUUGUUUUGUUUUUUGCCCCUCCUUUCUGAUCUAUACUUUAAAAAAAAAAAAAAGCAGUAGACAUGUCAAGAGGUCCUGGUGAAGGAGUCUUUCUAAAUCCCACCCACUUCUUUCUUUUACCCCUUUCCUCACCCUCCUUUCCAUUCUCUUCAAACGUUUGCCAGCUGUCAUUUUCUUUUUCUCUUUUUUCUUUUGGUUUUGCUUGGUCCCUUUCCUAUGAUUUUUUUGUUUUUGUUUUUCCCCUUUUCAUCUGGAGCAAAACCUUACGAGGCAUUUGUAAUGAUUUCAUUUCUGUAAUGCUCAGAUGUGAAAAAUAAAAUAAAAAUUCAUGUCCGCUAAAAAAGAAAAGAAAAGAAAGAAAGAUAGAUGUGUGGCUGGGUGGCGUGGAAGGUUAGAAAAGAGAAGAGGAAGCCAAGAGGUGGCUGGAGGGAACCGCGGGGACCUUGGCAGAUUCCCCUGGUUUUUGGCUGCUGCAGCAGAUGGGAAGAGCAGGCUCCUGGGCUGCCUUAGAACCAGGGUGGAUAAAAAUCAAUGAUUUUUUUUAAAAAAUCAAAAAAAUCAGAUUUUUUUGAUUUAAAUUGGAUUUUUUUGAUUUUUAUCGAACUUAUUUU